AAGAAAAAAAGGAGUAAAUUGUCAUUGUCAUGUUAGUUGUACAAGUGUAGCUUAAAUCCAACGGCUAGCAACCCUCGAAAUCCAACGGCUGAAAAAGCCCUCAGAAGUCACCGUUAUAAAUAUAACAAACCCUAAACCCUAAGUCCUCCUCUUCCUCCUGUUUCCUUGCUACUGCAACGCAACAGCGCCUAUCAUAUUUAGCAGGAACAAAAGGAGAUAACCGCUAUCAACACACCAUUAACAAACACCAUGCCUUCACUUGCCGAUUUGUCUGAAACCCUAGCUCCAGCAUCCGAACAGAAGGUCAAGAAGAUGAAGUCCGAAACCGCCGGACUCGAAUCUGCAACUAAAAAGAAAGAGAAAAAGAGUAAGAAGAGUAAAUCCGCCGAAACUGCAUCUGAUUCUGAGAAAUCCGAGAAGAAGAUCAAGAGGAAACGCAAGGCUUCAUCGGAUUCAGAUAACGAUGAAGGAAAGAGCGACACGAGUUCUGAGUUAGGUGAACCGAUUAAUCUCAAGAUUGAGGAGUCUUUGAAGAAAAGUAAGAAGAAAAAGAUGAAGACAGCUGAGGUAGAUGAAAAGGAGCCUGAGAUUAAAGAAGAAAACCCUAAUGCGGUUACCAACUUUAAGAUCUCUGAGCCGUUGAAGAAUGCUUUGAAGGCUAAGGGGAUUGAGGCUUUGUUUCCUAUUCAAGCUCGGACUUUUGAAUCCAUCUAUGACGGUCUUGAUUUGAUCGGGAAAGCCAAAACCGGACAGGGUAAAACAUUGGCUUUCAUUUUACCUAUAUUGGAGUCUCUUACCAGCGGAACUGAAAAAUUAUCACGUAAGACUGGAUAUGGCAGGUCGCCUACAAUUCUUGUGCUUUUGCCAACCCGAGAAUUAGCAAAGCAGGUAUUUACAGAUUUUAAAUACUAUGGUGAGGCUGUGGGGCUGAGUUCGUGUUGUCUGUAUGGUGGAGGUGGAGCAUCCAUUUCUCCUCAAACCGUGCAAUUAAAACGAGGGGUGGAUAUCGUUGUCGGAGCUGUUGGUCGUGUUAAGGAUCACAUUGAGAGAGGGAAUCUUGACCUAUCGUCUCUGAAAUUUCGCAUCCUUGACGAAGCUGAUGAAAUGUUGAGACAAGGUUUUGUUGAAGACGUUGAGUAUAUCUUAGGCAAGGUGAAUGACGCUGCCAAAGUUCAAACCGUUCUGUUUAGUGCGACUUUACCGUCUUGGGUGAAUCACAUUGCAUCGAAGUUUUUGAAACCAAACAAGAAGAUUGUGGAUCUUGUUGGUGUUCAGGUAAUGAAGGCUAGUGAAAGCGUGAGGCACAUCAUCAUGCCUUGCUCUUGGACAGCCAGGUCUCAGGUUAUUCCCGAUAUUAUUCGCCAUCAUAGCAGUGGAGGUCGCACCAUCGUUUUCACUGAGACCAAAGAUUAUUGUUCUGAACUAUCUGGAUUGCUGGCUGGAGCACGCCCUUUGCACGGUGACAUUCAACAGUCUGUGCGUGAGGCAACACUUGCGGGAUUCCGGACGGGCAAGUUUAUGACACUAGUUGCCACAAAUGUUGCCGCACGAGGAUUGGACAUUAAUGAUGUUCAGUUGAUCAUUCAGUGUGAACCACCACGUGACGUCGAAGACUAUAUUCACCGAUCUGGAAGGACUGGAAGAGCAGGAAAGACGGGUGUUGCCAUUACUCUUUACGAGCCCAGGAAGGCAAAUAUUUCCAAGUUAGAGAGAGAAGCAGGUGUGAAAUUUGAACACAUUUCCGCUCCUCAACCAGCUGAUAUCGCUAAAGCUGCUGGCGGGGAUGCUGCAGAAGCUAUAAUUCAAGUUGCCGAUAGUGUGAUUCCCGUCUUCAAGUCAGCUGCAGAGGAGUUGCUAAAUUCUUCUGGCUUAACAGCAGUAGACCUGCUUGCAAAAGCACUUGCCAAGAGUAUCGGGUAUACCGAAAUUAAAAAGAGGUCACUUCUUACCUCCAUGGAGAACUACGUGACACUUCUUCUCGAGGCCGGAAGACCUGUUUAUACACCUUCAUUUGCAUAUGGUGUUUUGAGGAGGUUUUUGCCCGAAGAGAAAGUAGAGUCGAUUCAAGGUCUUGCACUGACUGCUGAUCAAAAAGGUGCCGUCUUUGAUGUUGCGGCGGAAGAUUUGGACACUUUUCUUGCUGGCCAGGAGAAUGCUACAGGUGUAAGUUUGGAGGUGGUUAAAGAACUGCCACAAUUGCAAGAGAAAGAGCAGUCAAGGGGAAGAUUCGGAGGUGGUGGUGGCGGUGGGUUCUCACGUGGACGUGGCGGCGGCGGUGGGUUUUCACGUGGACGUGGUGGUGGUUUCUCUGAUCGUCGGAACGAUAGAUUUUCUAGAGGGUCUGGCGGAGGUGGUCGUGGGGGCUAUAAGAAAUGGUAAAGAGAGCUUCAUUUGAAUGGUGGGUGGGGUUUAUAGGCUGCCUGUUCUAUGAAGCGCUUAUGCAGUUUUGAUCUAAUGAAGAAUACCUCGUCGUUGUGGCUCCUAAUUAUAUAGUGUCUUUAUUUUUGUUACGAGUGGUUUAAUUAAUUUUGUUUGUUUCCGUUCCUUUUUGUUGUUUUCUUUUUCUUUGUUCACCUUUUAGUUAAGUGCAACGGACAUGUUAGCAAUCGGUGACAUUUUCAUGAACUAAAACUUAUAAUAGAACAAAUGUUUGUCGAUGUUU